AUGUGUCGCCAUAGGAGAAUAUUGCAGCAAUUAGACUGGAUUCUCUAUUGUAAAGAAUUUGAGGGUCGUCGAUCGCUAUGUUUUUUAUGCUUCACGGCAGAAAGUUUAUUUCUCUCGGUUGAUUUAUAUCUAUCUAUCUAUCUAUCUAUCUAUCUAUCUAUCUAUCUAUCUUACUAUUUCAUUUUUUCUUUGUCUAUCUAUCUAGAUAUCAGUUUGUUCAUAUAUAACUUAAUCUAUAUACAAUUGUAUUCAUAUCUAUCUAUCUAUCUACAUAUCUAUCUAUGUAAGUCUUUUAUAUAUAAUUGUAUUCAUAUCUAUCUAUCUAUCUAUCUAUCUAUCUAUCUACUAUCUAUCUACUAUCUAUCUAUGUCUUUUAUAUAUAAUUGUAUUCAUAUCUAUCGAUCUAUCUAUCUAUCUAUCUAUCUAUCUAUCUAUCUAUCUAUCUAUCUAUCUUAUCUAUAUAUAAUUGUAUUCAUAUCUAUCUAUCUAUCUAUCUAUCUAUCUAUCUAUCUAUCUAUCUACGUAAGUCUGUUCAUAUCUAUCUCAAUCUUUUUCUCAUGUAUUUAUCUAUCUAGAUAUCAGUUUAUAUAA